AUGACACCUGCGACUCCGCCAGCAUCGAGGGGAGGAAGAGGCUCCAGACCGAAUUAUGCGUUGGAUGAAGCCCUUCAGGGCCAGAAAAGUGUGAAUGAACCGCAGACACCGCACAGAGAACGGCAGUCGCACGCCCCGGUGACGCCGUCUACUACUAGAGCGUUCAAGCACUCUAUCCCGUUGCUUGGGCCUCCGUCGCUGGGAAAUCAGAGUAAAUCACCGUUCAAGGGUUUCAACUCGCCAGAGUACACUCCGCAAAAUCAGCUGUCGAAGAACAAAGCAUUCUCCUUCGAGCAUCCUGAAGAGUUGCAAAACGUCAGCAGAGUACUGUUUCCCGCUGUUGACGAGGGAAAAUCGCUGAGUACAGGGGAAGCCCCAGCUCCGUCGUCUCUGCUGCCGCCUAGAAGGCCGGUCGCAUCGGCGAGAAGGCUGCUAGGUGCUUCAUUGGCAGAAUCGGAAGAAAGCGAUGAAGAGAGCCCUCACAAGCUGUCGAAACAGGUCCCGGGCACUCCCAGUCAUAAAGUAAUAACCUUUGACAUGGCCGAGGAAUGGAAUAACGCGACUGCUCAGCGUGCAGACUCGGACGAUGAAAACCUCACGCCUGGAUCGUGUAUUAAAGACAAAGAGCUCGAGAAUCCAUUUCUGGCUGCAGGCACAGCGGACAGGAAGCUGAUACAACAACGGAAAGACGCUUUACUGCGGGAGAAUCCUGACAUUGAAAGCGUAAUAACCUAUGUCAAUAAGAAGGGCGAUGUCGUAAGGCGACGCCAACUUUCGGAAGACGAGAAAGAACUUUACAAGCCAAGAAGGCUAUUUGCUAAUGAAAUUGAAGAACUAGAAACUGGGAAAAAGGAGGAUAAAAAAUGA